AUGUCUGCCCGGGCAUGGGGACUGGAGCUGCAGUCCCGCCUUGCGGACUGGAGCUGCAGUCCCGCCUUGCGGACUGGAGCUGCAGUCCCGGCGUGGGGACUGGAGCUGCAGUCCCGCCGUGGGGACUGGAGCUGCAGUCCCGACGUGGGGACUGGAGCUGCAGUCCCGGCAUGCGGACUGGAGCUGCAGUCCCGGCAUGCGGACUGGAGCUGCAGUCCCGGCGUGGGGACUGGAGCUGCAGUCCCGGCUUGGGGACUGGAGCUGCAGUCCGGGCGUGUGGACUGGAGCUGCAGUCCCGGCGUGGGGACUGGAGCUGCAGUCCCGACGUGGGGACUGGAGCUGCAGUCCCGCCUUGCGGACUGGAGCUGCAGUCCCGGCUUGGGGACUGGAGCUGCAGUCCCGGCUUGGGGACUGGAGCUGCAGUCCCGGCGUGGGGACUGGAGCUGCAGUCCCGGCAUGCGGUCUGGAGCUGCAGUCCCGGCAUGCGGACUGGAGCUGCAGUCCCGGCGUGGGGACUGGAGCUGCAGUCCCGGCAUGCGGACUGGAGCUGCAGUCCCGGCGUGGGGACUGGAGGUGCAGUCCCGGCAUGGGGACUGGAGCUGCAGUCAUGGCGUGAGGACUGGAGCUGCAGUCCCGGCGUGGGGACUGGAGCUGCAGUCCCGGCUCCCGGCGUGGGGACUGGAGCUGCAGUCCCGGCAUGCGGUCUGGAGCUGCAGUCCCGGCAUGCGGACUGGAGCUGCAGUCCCGGCGUGGGGACUGGAGCUGCAGUCCCGGCAUGCGGACUGGAGCUGCAGUCCCGGCAUGCGGACUGGAGCUGCAGUCCCGGCGUGGGGACUGGAGCUGCAGUCCCGGCUUGGGGACUGGAGGUGCAGUCCCGGCGUGGGGACUGGAGCUGCAGUCUCGACGUGGGGACUAGAGCUGCAGUCCCGGAUUGAGGACUGGAGCUGCAGUCCCGGAUCGGGGACUGGAGCUGCAGUCCCAGCUCGGGGACUGGAGCUGCAGUCCCGGCUCGGGGACAGGAGCUGCAGUCCCGGCUUGGGGACUGGAGCUGCAGUCCCGGCGUGGGGACUGGAGCUGCAGUCCCGGCGUGGGGACUGGAGCUGCAGUCCCGACGUGGGGACUGGAGCUGCAGUCCCGGAUCGAGGAAUGGAGCUGCAGUCCCGGCGACUGGAGCUGCAGUCCCGGCGUGGGGACUGGAGCUGUAGUCCCGGCAUGCGGACUGGAGCUGCAGUGCCGGCGUGGGGACUGAAGGUGCAAUCCCGGCGUGGGGACUGGAGCUGCAGUCACGGCGUGAGGACUGGAGCUGCAGUCCCGGCGUGGGGACUGGAGCUGCAGUCCCGGCGUGGGGACUGGAGCUGCAGUCACGGCGUGGGGACUGGAGCUGCGGUCCCGGCGUGCGGACUGGAGCUGCAGUCCCGGCGUGGGGACUGGAGCAGAAGUCCCGGCGUGGGGACUGGAGCUGCAGUCCCGGCGUGGGAACUGGAGCUGCAGUCCCGGCGUGCGGACUGGAGCUGCAGCCCCGGCGUGGGAACUAGAGCUGCAGUCCCGGCGUGGGGACUGGAGCUGCAGUCCCGACGUGCGGACUGGAGCUGCAGUCCCGGCGUGGGGACUGGAGCUGCAGUCCCGCCUUGCGGACUGGAGCUGCAGUCCCGGCGUGGGGACUGGAGCUGCAGUCCCGGCAUGCGGACUGGAGCUGCAGUCCCGACGUGGGGACUGGAGGUGCAGUCCCGGCGUGGGGACUGGAGCUGCAGUCACGGCGUGAGGACUGGAGCUGCAGUCUCGGCGUGGGGACUGGAGCUGUAG